AUGCCUGAGGGGAUUCGGAGAGUCGCUGUCAUUGGCGCCGGUCCCGCUGGGGCUAUCGCAACAGACGCCCUGGUCAAGGAACAGGCGUUUGAUGUUGUACGCGUUUUCGAACGGCGCGACUUGGCCGGAGGGACAUGGGUGUACACUCCGGAACUGCCACCUCGAAUCCCUUCCUUGCGCGCCUUAGUCGAGCAACGAGCAAACGCGCCGAUCGAUAUCCCCAGAAGCUUCCCUGCAGGAACUCCGAGAUCCGAAAAGAACAACUCUCACCAGUUACGAUAUUCAGACACGGGUAUUCAUGAGACGCUACAUAGUAAUAUCACACCCGAAAUCAUGGCGUUUACCCAAGAGCCGAUACCCCAGGUCCUGUCCGACCGAACUCUGUCACAAUAUGGCCCAGGCGCUCCGUUUAGACAUCGAGAGGUGAUCAGAGAAUGGAUUGAGGAGAUCUUCACUCGAGGAGGGCACGAAAAGUUGAUCGAGUUUAGCACCACAGUUGAGCUUGCUGAGAAAAGGGGUGAAGAAUGGGUUCUCACGUUGCGAAAGGUUGUGCCUGGGAAGUCGAAGGACUACUGGUGGCAAGAAACCUUUGACGCGGUCAUUGUGGCAUCAGGUCAUUUUUACUUGCCUUACAUCCCCGAUAUUCCCGGUAUUGUUGAAUUCGACGAAAAGUUCUCCGGCAGGAUCAAGCAUAGCAAGCAUUUCCGUGACUCGGAAGAGUUUCGGGGAAAGUCACAGAAAGUCAUUGUUGUCGGGGGCUCCGUGUCUGCGUUCGAUGCACUCCACGAUAUUCGACUCGUCUCUCAAAAGCCAGUUAUCGCGUCACUGAAGGAACCACUGGCCGCAUUCGGAUGGGCGCCUUUCACUCACCCCGAUAUCACCAUCAAGCCGCAGGUCACCAACUUUUGUCCUAAGAGUGGACGCAUCACAUUCAGCGAUGGAAGUACCGUGGAUGAAGUUGACGCUGUCGUCUUUGCGACCGGUUAUGACUUCAGCUUCCCAUUCCUACCCAAGAAGAAGGUGGAGAACAGACGAGUUCCUGGGCUUUACCAGCAUGUCUUCAAUAUCAAUGACCCAACCCUUGCGUUUGUCGGAAUGGUGACUGGUGGCUUUACUUUCCGCGUCUUCGAGUGGCAAGCCGUCGCAGCGGCACGAGUCUUUGCAAGUCGCGGGAAGUUACCCCCUCGAAUUGAGCAAGAAAAGUGGGAGAGAGAGAGACUGGCGUACAAGGGUGACGGUAUUCCCUUCUUCACCCUAUCGCCUGACUUUGAGCAAUACUUCGAGGCAUUGCGGGCAAUUGCUGGUGAGCCUGUGCAGGGAACUACAGGCAGGGUGUUGCCGAAGUUCGACUCCAAAUGGCUUGAAGCGUUUUCUGAGGUUAUCAACGCCAGGGUUGAAUGGUGGAAGAAGGAGACAAAGAAGGCCGAAGACCAAUUGAAGCUUGUGUUCAAGCCGAAGCUGUAG